CCCCCCCCCCCCUUACAGACCGUGACAGAGAAUCCCGGGUAUCUAUCACAGACCGUGACAGAGAACUCCGGUGCCUAUCACAGACCGUGACAGAGAAUCCGGAGUACCCAUCACAGACCGUGACAGAAAAGCUGCAGUUGUAAAGGAUCAGAUAAACGGUUAACCAAGGGGGAAACAGCGGACUUCAAGACUUCAAGACUUCAAAAGACUUCAAGAGACUUCAACGGACUUCAGCCGCAGUGACUUCAUAUUUUCACAAGACUUCAAAAGACUUCAAAAGACUUCAUAGGACUUCAAAUGACUUCACAAGACUUCACAAGACUUCAAAAGACUUCAAAAGACUUAUGAAGACUUCAUUGGAUUUCAAAAGACUUCAUGAGACUUCACAGACUUCUUGAGACUUCACGGACUUCAUGAGACUUCAAAAGACUUUAUGAGAAUUCAUAAGACUUCAUUAGACUUCAUAAGACUUCAUAAGACUUCAUAAGACUUCACAAGACUUCAUAAGACUUCACAAAACUUCAUCGGACUUCACAAGACUUCGUAAGAUUUCAAAAGACUUCAAAAGACUUCACAAGACUUCAAGAGGCAGAUUCCGUACGUAUCAAAAAAACUUAUAGAAAUUAAAUGAAACCUCUAUAACAUGCAGAAAAGCUUAUCAUUAAGUAAGGGUGUCAUUUGCCAUGUACUUUAUAAUAAAUACAAAUUACUUAUCAUUUAAUUUACGCGUAAAUUAAAUGAAAAGUAAAUAUAAACUGACACUCUCAUUCAUAACGAAGUGACUAGCGUCUUCCGAGCACUAGGAACAGAAUGAUAUUGAUAAAAUCAACGUUGAAAAUAUUAUUUUAGCUGCAUUUAACCGUGCAAAAGAACUAGUUAAUAAUUUGAAUAUAUUACCUUCAUUAAAGGAAUGCAAUGCUUGUGAACUUAAUGGUUUAAGUAAAAAUAUAUCUGAUUGUAUUAGAUUCAACAUUAAUUCAGAUAAUUAUUUAGCAACGGAUUCAGAUUCUUCAUCAGAUUCUGAAUCUGAUUAUGAUGAUGAAGCAAUGGAAAGUCAUGAAUUUUAUAGUGAUCUAAUCAAUGUGGAUGAAGAAGAUAAAGAUGCGGCAAUGACAC